CUUAUCUUGAUCCAGGUCCGGACCAGAAUCCUCCAGGAACAGGAACAGCACCAGGUCGGUUCUGCUCUCACUUCCUGCUUGGUUCACUUUGGCUCUACUUCGAGACGGAUCUGCUGUAAUUCGGGUCGACAAACCCGAAUCGGCGGAGGACAGAUCAAUCUCAGAUCAGCAGCUGUCGCACCAUGUUGCCCUGGGUGAUGAUCUUGAUGGUGAUGAUGAUGAAGAGAAACACUGCCUCUGCUGACAUUACCAACGUAACUCGAAGCAGCGGCGAGAGCCUCAAGCUGUUGCCCGAGUUCAGAACUGACUUCAGAAGAAAGCGUAUGGGGACCGGACUGGAAUUCAGGUGGACCCACCCCAACCUGCUGCUGAACAACCAGAAAACCAAGUGUCACCACGGCCGCUGUGAGCUGCUGGAGGAUGGGUCGCUGAGCUUCAGCAGAGUCCAGCCAGAGGACUCUGGAGACUACACGCUGGAGGUCUACAACCAACGGGGGGAUAGGGAACACACACAGGUGUUCCACCUGCAGGUGGACCACCUGCAGGUGGAAGAGAGCAGCCGGUCCAGGACGAAUGCCACCGUCUGCUCGCUCCUCCUGCUGCUGAUCCUGCUGCCCCUCCUCAUCUCCUUCCUCCUGUGGAAGAGGAGGCUUUCCAGGUCCAGGACUUCAGGUGAAAGGGAGACCCAACAUUACGUGGAGAUGCGUGGUCACCAUGGCAACAAGGACCAAGAGGAGGGGGAAAAGAAGGAAGAAGACCCUAUUUAUGUUCCCUGCUAUCCUGUAGUUCCUGCAACUGAGCCGGCUGAGAAUAUCUAUGUCUGACGGCCAAUCAGAGCCCUGCGCCGUGGGGCCGGCACUCAGCUGUGAUUGGCUGAGCUGUUAAACUGUUUUCCUUCCUACCAAAUAAAAAAAAAAAUACACGAACCCAGACUGAUGUCAGGACCUGCUGACAUCUUUCUCUUCAGGUCCGGCCCGGUUCCUGUCAGACAGAACCACGUCCGUUCCAGCUUUUCCUGUUUGGUUCUGCUUCAUGGACUCAGAACCAGAACUGGAUAAGGAGUCUGAUUAUAAACCAGCUCCAGAGUCCUGAAGGUGCUGGAGGUUCUGGAGGCCGGCUCUGUGACCCAGGAGAAGGUUCUGGUGAUGUUACACAUCUGGACCUGCUCAGCAUCAAGCGACAGAAGCCGGUGGAGCUCUGACUUCUGGGACAGGAAGUGGUUUCAUAAUAAAUGUCAUCAGAACGGUUGUCAUGGUAACUUGUUAACUUGAGGAUUUGACCCAGAACUCAGAGCUUCACCUGGUGGCAGAAACACAUCACUGCAGGUCGAGGAUCCAGAGAUCUUA